AUUGAAAAUAUUCAAAGCAACAAAAGAAGGCAUGAAGAAAAUGAAUAUGAAAACAAUAAAAAAGUCAAAAAUAUUUUAAAAACUCCAACUUUGUUCGAUUGCGAUAUUAAAUUUAGUGACCUAGAAAAAAUAAGACGUAUAGCAGCAGGAGGCUUUGGGGUUGUUUAUGAAAUGCUAUGGAACAAAGGAAAUGACAAUGAACAAACAGUAGCAGUAAAAGUUGUUGAUAAUGCAGAUACUCAAGAAUCAGAGAGAGAUUUUAAGC